AGUUGCAUGUGCAGCUUUGUAUGGUGCAGAAUACUUCAUGUACCAGACCCAGGUCACAGCGCUCGUUUGGUCCUUUCGAUCGUCCUUGUGCUUGGGUCUGCGCCACAACAUGAAAUCAUGUCCCGCUUACCUUCCGCAAAGGAUAGUACAUCUGCUCUGCGAGGUUAUUUUAUGAGACAGUUACUCGUCGUGCUGGACUUUGGUACGUCUCUUACCUUGACCUUGCUCGCGUGGUCCUUUGACAUGUUCCACCGCAUACAGGAAGUCAACCCUACGCUUGUAGAUGCUAAGAGCUUGCGCAGAAUGUCACAGCGGUGCGUUUACUGGGGACGCAUUGUUAGACGUGGACCGCCAACUUUUCGGUAUUCACGUGAAUUACCUGCGACGGGAAUCCUUUUGUUCGGUAGUCAAGACCUGGCAAAGACGCUUCCCUGGAUUGCAAAUCCGAGUAUGGUAAAUCGAUGUGAAUGUAACAGGAACAUUCUGAUUUUGUGGGAUGUUGCAUGUUGAUAAGGUGCGGAGAUCGCAUUCGAUGUCCGUGUGGACUCUUGCAGCCUGUGCCGAGUGGCCCAGAGACGCUAUGUGUCUUGGACCCGUUGAAGUGAUGGACCCUUUGAUCGGUGGUUGGAUCUAUAUACAUUUAUCGGUGUGAUCUCCUGUCCAAUGUAUCUAUCAUGAUAAAUAUUGUCAAUUAGAUCGUUGAAUAUUUUUUCAAUGUCAAUGACUGCCCGCAGUACCUGGAGAAAAUGUCAAAUACAUAUGCACGGGCACCGAUAUGAAUCAUGGAGAUCUGAUGGAUUUGGUCGCUCG